AUAUCACUAAAAGUUUCAACUUAUAAAUACACACCCAUACACAUUUUCUCUCUUUCUUAAAAAAAAAAGUCACACCCUGAACACAAAAGCCUUUGAAUAACAGACAAACAUGCUUAAUACUGAUUUUUCAUUUUCUGCUUUCAAUUAUUACUACUAAAACAAAACAAAACAUAAAAACUCUGAGAGGUUGCCAGCACCCCAAAGGCAUUUCCGCAUAAAAAGAGUUAAUGGGCAGCCAGCUUAACUAAACUGCCAGUGACCAUUUGCAAGCCUCCUAGGUAUAUUCCCAGCAAACACAUUAUCAGAUUAAAGGAACUGCAAACAAACUGGGCUGAAACCUUUCUUUGUUCAAACCCAGCCUCUUCUUCCUGUGAUGUCAUAUUACAAAUCUAGCAAGCCUUUCUUUUUCACUUCAGAGAAAGCCCAUCUCACAAUACAGCCGGCAACUGAGGAAAAGACUUCAAAUUCAGCAAGAGCGAACACGCUUAGGAAUUUACUUUGGGACCUUUAGAAGACAAGUUUACCACCAUCUGGGAUCCACUGCAGAAAAACUAAAAGGGAAAACUUCGCUUGAAAGAAGCAAGAAGUCAGAGAGAACAACUUGGGAAUGUUUCAAACUCUGAAACUCUGCAUUGAAAAGCAAAAUAAGACUGGUAAAUUAAGCUUAAACAUUCCGGAGCACAAAAAAACUUUAUCUUUGAAACAUUCAUCUUGACUACUGAAAUACAAGUUUACAAGACGAGUAGUUUUAUUCCCGGCACGGAACACAGCUUUCCUUUAAAUUUAAACUCCUAUGGGUUGGUUUCACUGACUGCAUUUUUUAAAGAUUACUUGUCAGUUAACUAAGCCUGGACUCAUGGAUUUUCAGGAGACCAGAAAAUGAGAGUGUUUUUCUGUUGAAGAACCAAGUGGAAAAUUUACAUCAACAAAUUUCAUGUUUCUUUUGGAGAUUUCUGAGAAAAAGGAAAUAUUGUAAAAUCACCCAAAGAGUCAAAUAAUUUGCAAAUAAAUUGGAGAUUAGUGGUCACAAUCUGAAUACCAAAGGAAACUGCGCCAACAAAAGGACUUCCCCACUGAAAUCUGGACGUGCCUUUAUGAUGGUAAGCACUAACUGCACCGAAAAUGACUCCUUUAAGUACACUUUGUAUGGGUGCAUGUUCAGCAUGGUGUUUGUGCUUGGGUUAAUAUCCAAUUGUGUUGCCAUGUACAUUUUCAUGUGCACCCUCAAAGUACGAAAUGAAACUACAACAUACAUGAUUAACUUGGCAAUGUCAGACUUGCUUUUUGUUUUUACUUUACCCUUCAGGAUUUUUUACUUUGCAACAAGAAAUUGGCCAUUUGGAGAUACACUUUGUAAGAUUUCUGUGAUGCUGUUUUAUACCAACAUGUAUGGAAGCAUUCUGUUCUUAACUUGUAUUAGUGUAGAUCGAUUUCUGGCAAUCGUCUACCCAUUUAAGUCAAAGACUCUAAGAACCAAAAGAAAUGCAAAAAUAGUUUGCAUUGGUGUGUGGUUAACUGUGAUCGGUGGAAGUGCACCAGCAGUUAUUUUUCCGUCUACCCACUCUCGGGAUAACAGUACCUCAGAAGCCUGCUUUGAAAAUUUUCCAGAUGCCACGUGGAAAACGUAUCUCUCAAGAAUUGUAAUUUUCAUCGAAACAGUGGGAUUUUUUAUUCCUUUAAUUUUAAAUGUAUCUUGUUCUAGUAUGGUGUUAAGAACUUUAAAUAAACCUGUUACAUUAAGUAGAAGCAAAAUAAACAAAACUAAGAUUUUAAAAAUGAUUUGUGUACAUUUGGUUAUAUUCUGUUUCUGUUUUGUGCCUUAUAAUAUCAAUCUUAUUUUAUAUUCUCUUAUGAGAACACAAACAUUUGUUAAUUGCUCAGUAGUUACAGCAGUAAGGACAAUGUACCCAAUCACUCUUUGCAUUGCUGUUUCAAACUGUUGCUUUGACCCUGUAGUUUACUACUUUACAUCGGACACAAUUCAGAAUUCAAUAAAAAUGAAAAACUGGUCCGUUAGGAGAAGUGACUACAGAUUCUCUGAAGUUCAAGGCACGGAGAAUUUUAUUCAACACAACCUACAGACCUUAAAAAAUAAGAUAUUUGACAAUGAAUCUACAAUAUAAGCUGCCUGAAAUAAAACCAUUGGGACUUCACUGGGACAGAACUAAGUUACUUCAACUGUGAAAAGUGUUUUGUUUUGGACAAACUAUUUCUCCACCUCCAAAAGAAAAUUAACAUGUGAACAUUUUUAAGUUUUCGGUAUAAAGGAAAUUUGUAUUCAAUGUGCUAAGCAUUAAAACAUAUUCUAUUCUUAUAUACACUCCAUCUUGUUUUUCUGAGCCAUUUUGACUUGUUUCUUCUUCAUCUUCAUUAAAAAAUAUUUUUAAAAAGUGAUUCAAUGUCUAAAAGUGGCUGAUUUAAAUCAUGUGACCAUCUAUAAUGUUUUUUAAUUCCUUUUUAUAUUAAAUGAUUUAAUUUACUAAA